GAUUACAGGCGUGAGCCACCGUGCCCAGCCUGAUAAAAGAUUUUAAUACAUCAUGAACACUUACACAUGCAUGUGUGUUCAUUAACAACCACAAGUCAGUCAGCUUAAAAAUUCAUGCUCACGACUUGUCAGUGUUAAUCUAAAGGUCCAUAAAUUGGAUUAUCACUGCUAGUGCUACAGUAAAAACCAACUAAUAAUUUAUUACUUUUUUUUCCCUAGGUAUUAAAAUGGUCACAGAACUACAAUUAUACCAUUUCGUAUGCACACAUAUAUAAAGUUAUGCUGAUAUUGACAAUUUAUAAAGGUUGUGAAUGAGAUCUGAAUUAAGGAUGGCUUGAAGUUGUCUUUUAUUGACUAUACGAAAUCAAAAAUUAAAUAUGAUUAUAAUAUCUAGAGAAUUCACAUACAAUAUACAGUGAUUAUUAAACUUUCAAGUUUCAUUGUUUUGGGAGAAGUUUUGUGUCAGUCAUGUCUGGUUGCCCAAAUCUUUAAAAGAAUGCUCAUUUCCUAAAAUUCUUUGUGGUCUAAACAUGAGAGUUUAUAGCAAGAUUCACAUGCACCCCUGCUUCUAUGCCAGGGAUUCCAAAGUUAUGUGUACGGAGGCAGGAAGGUCCUUGCAUACCAGGAGGGGCACUUGAGUAUUAUACAGUGGGGAGUAGUGAGUAUUGACAACUUGAAUGGUGUAGGCCUGGAGAAAGUUGAGUUUGUGAUCAUUUGGGAAUGUAAUGCCAGUUUCUCCACAGCUUCUGACUUUUAUGAUAAGAUAAAAAUGUGGAUGUUUUGGUGAAAUUUUCUGAUUUUUAGGACACUCACUGGGCCAGAUCAAUCCCUUACGUGGGGUGCGUGUAGCCUGUAGACCUCCAGUGUUCACAUUCCUAUCUAAGUCAAAGGGAGCCCAAAGUCUUGGGUUGUCUUCCAAUCAAUUUUGAGUAGGCAACUAAUUAUCUUAACAGAAUCUUCAAAAUAGAAUCAAAACGAACUUUGGAUACAUUUCAGUGUUCUUCUACAAGUGUCAAAAACUACAGUAACCCUCCAGUUUUUUAGUUUAAGCCAUGUGUGUGUACCUUUUAGCCAAAGGGGCAGAGGCAGUUGGAAUUCUAUUUCAUUUAGCAUAUUGUCUUUUAUUAUUGAUUGGUCUAACAUUGGACACUACCUUUCCUCAUUCCCAUUUACCUAUCUCGGUAUGAGAUUUCCUGUCUUGAUUCAAACCUUUGUGGUCAGUUUUUAUCUGAUCAUUUGUCUGUCUGAUAUCCUUGAUAUGCUUUUAUAACAUUUUUAACAGAAAAUGUAAGUGCUAUUUAUGGAAUGCAAGCUGGUCAGCUAUGAAGGGUCUCUUGUGAUUUCUCAAGUUGUUUUGAUGUUUGACUAAUAUUGGCUCCUAGAACAGAAGUCUGGGAAGUAACAGGGAAUGUUAAACGACUGAAUACUAGUUUCCUUCCCUUCCAAGUCUGUCUUCAGGGGCAUAGAGAAAAGAUGAAUGAGAAUGGAAAAUAGAGGAGUGUAACUGAGCAGGGGUUAAUUAUAUUAAUUUCAGACUCAACUCAUCUUGAAGACAUUAUAAUCUAUAAAAAAUGGAAUUUCAGCAAGAAGCCAAACUCGUAUUACCUUUUCCUUUUUAAGAGCACAAUAUGUUAUAGUCAUCAGGCACUCAUAAAUUGCCGUUACAAGCUGUUUAGAAUAAGACACUAUACAAAACCUACUUAGAAUUGGAAACCGUAGGGAGAUUCCCCCCCCCCGCCCCCGCCCCCAUUGCACCUGAGGUAGUUUUUCCAUGUGUUGAGUUUCCUUUUCGUUGUUCAUUGGAGAACAUGGGAAUUCUGCUGUGCUUCUUGUACAUGUGAUGGAUGAGGAGGGUCAAGAUACAAUUGAAUUAUUUUAAAUACUGAGGAGCCAAAUGUAAAUAGUACUAUGUAGUACUGUCCCCUCAUUGUAUAUGCAAACACAGAGAGCCAUCAUGUUUUCUCCUUCAUUUAUGCUAAGUUGCCUGGUAAGAAUUAUUAAGUGGUAGAUGGGAAUGGGAAUAAGUAGAAGAGAGUGAAAAAAUAGUCCAAUUUCUUCCAAUACAAACUUCUCUGUUCCUUCACCAGGAAAACUUCAGUUCCUGUUUCAUCAACAAUAGUAAGAAUAUCUAGGUAAAAGACCAUUGAGAAGUGUCAAUAUCUUGAAGCAAACGAAUAUUCUUCAAAAUAUUUACAGUAGCCAUGAAAAUAACUUAGAACAUCGAACUGGAGUAAUCAGCAUUGACAAUUGAAUUUAUAAGUAUUUGACCAUACUCAAAAUGUGCAAGGAAGAAUAAUGGAAGCCCCUGAAUACCUUGAUUUGGAUGAAAUUGACUUUAGUGAUGACAUAUCUUAUUCAGUCACAUCACUCAAGACGAUCCCAGAACUGUGCCGAAGAUGUGAUACGCAAAACGAAGACAGAUCAGUUUCUAGCUCUAGCUGGAAUUGUGGCAUCUCAACUCUCAUUACAAACACGCAAAAGCCCACAGGAAUCGCUGAUGUGUACAGUAAGUUCCGCCCAGUGAAGCGGGUUUCGCCACUGAAACAUCAGCCAGAGACUCUGGAGAACAAUGAAAGUGAUGACCAAAAGAACCAGAAAGUGGUUGAGUACCAGAAAGGGGGUGAGUCUGACCUGGGCCCCCAGCCUGAGGAGCUCAGCCCUGGAGAUGGAGUGGGUGGCCCACCAGGUAAGAGCUCUGAGCCCAGCACAUCGCUGGGCGAACUGGAGCACUACGACCUUGACAUGGAUGAGAUUCUGGAUGUGCCUUAUAUUAAAUCCAGUCAGCAGCUUGCCUCUUUUACCAAGGUGACUUCAGAAAAAAGAAUUUUGGGCUUAUGCACAACCAUCAAUGGCCUUUCUGGCAAAGCCUGCUCUACAGGAAGUUCUGAGAGCUCAUCAUCCAACAUGGCACCAUUUUGUGUUCUUUCUCCUGUGAAAAGCCCUCGCUUGAGAAAAGCAUCAUCUGUCAUCCGCGACCAGCACAAGCUGGCCACUGAAGAAACCGAGAUCUCACCUCCUCUGGUUAAAUGUGGCUCUGCAUAUGAGCCUGAAAACCAGAGUAAAGACUUCCUAAACAAGACAUUUAGUGAUCCUCAUGGUCGAAAAGUUGAGAAGACAACACCAGACUGCCAGCUCAGGGCCUUCCACCUGCAAUCCUCAGCAGCAGAAUCCAAAUCAGAAGAGCAGGUCAGUGGCCUGAACUGGACCAGCUCCCAAGGCCCAGAAGAAAGGAGUGAGUAUCUGAAAAAAGUAAAAAGCAUCUUGAACAUUGUUAAAGAAGGACAGAUCUCUCUCCUGCCACACCUAGCUGCAGACAAUCUAGACAAAAUUCACGAUGAAAAUGGAAACAAUCUGUUACAUAUUGCGGCAUCACAGGGACAUGCAGAGUGUCUACAGCACCUCACUUCUUUGAUGGGAGAGGACUGCCUCAAUGAGCGCAACACUGAGAAGUUGACUCCAGCAGGCCUGGCGAUUAAGAAUGGUCAAUUGGAGUGCGUACGCUGGAUGGUGAGUGAAACAGAAGCCAUCGCAGAACUGAGUUGUUCUAAGGAUUUUCCAAGCCUUAUUCAUUACGCAGGUUGCUAUGGCCAGGAAAAGAUUCUUCUAUGGCUUCUUCAGUUUAUGCAAGAACAGGGCAUCUCGUUGGAUGAAGUAGACCAGGAUGGCAACAGCGCUGUUCACGUAGCCUCACAGCAUGGCUACCUUGGAUGCAUACAGACCUUGGUUGAAUAUGGAGCAAAUGUCACCAUGCAGAACCACGCAGGGGAAAAGCCUUCCCAGAGCGCUGAGCGGCAGGGGCACACCCUGUGCUCCAGGUACCUGGUGGUGGUGGAGACCUGCAUGUCGCUGGCCUCUCAGGUGGUGAAGUUAACCAAGCAGCUAAAGGAACAAACAGUAGAACGUGUCACGCUGCAGAACCAACUCCAACAAUUUCUAGAAGCCCAGAAAUCAGAGGGCAAGUCACUCCCUUCUUCACCCAGUUCACCAUCCUCACCUGCCUGCAGAAAGUCCCAGUGGAAAUCCCCAGAUGCAGAUGAUGAUUCUGUAGCCAAAAGCAAGCCAGGAGUCCAAGAGGGGAUUCAGGUUCUUGGAAGCCUGUCAGCCUCCAGCCGGGCUAGACCCAAAGCAAAAGACGAAGAUUCUGAUAAAAUCCUACGCCAGUUAUUGGGAAAGGAAAUCUCAGAAAAUGUCUGCACCCAGGAAAAACUGUCCUUGGAAUUCCAGGAUGCUCAGGCUUCCUCUAGAAAUUCUAAAAAGAUCCCACUGGAGAAGAGGGAACUGAAGUUAGCCAGGCUGAGACAGCUGAUGCAGAGGUCACUGAGUGAGUCUGACACGGACUCCAACAACUCUGAGGACCCCAAGAAUACCCCAGUGAGGAAGGCUGACCGACCAAGGCCACAGCCCAUUGUAGAAAGCGUAGAGAGUAUGGACAGCGCAGAAAGCCUGCACCUGAUGAUCAAGAAACACACCUUGGCAUCAGGGGGACGCAGGUUUCCUUUCAGCAUCAAGACCUCCAAAUCCCUGGAUGGCCAUAGCCCAUCGCCCACCUCAGAGAGCAGUGAACCAGACUUGGAAUCCCAGUAUCCAGGCUCAGGGAGUACUCCUCCAAACCAGCCCUCUGGUGACCCUCCACAGCCCAACCCUGACAGCACUGCUGCCCAGAAAGUUGCCACAAGUCCCAAGAGUGCCCUCAAGUCUCCAUCUUCCAAGCGCAGGACAUCUCAGAACUUAAAACUGAGAGUUACCUUUGAGGAGCCUGUGGUGCAGAUGGAGCAGCCUAGCCUUGAACUGAAUGGAGAAAAAGACAAAGAUAAGGGCAGGACUCUCCAGCGGACCUCCACAAGUAACGAAUCAGGGGAUCAACUGAAAAGGCCUUUUGGAGCCUUUCGAUCUAUCAUGGAGACACUAAGUGGCAACCAAAACAAUAAUAAUAACUACCAGGCAGCCAACCAGCUGAAAACCUCUACAUUGCCCUUGACCUCACUUGGGAGAAAGACAACAGAUGCCAAGGGAAACCCUGCCAGCUCCACUAACAAAGGAAAGAAUAAGGCAGAAAUGUACAGCAGCUGCAUCAAUCUUUCCUCUAACACGCUGAUUGAAGAGCAUCUGCGUAACUACGCACGGCAUAAUGACAUCAAUAGAAAAAUGAAGAAAUCCUACAGCAUAAAGCACAUUGCUGAGCCAGAGUCAAAAGAACUCUUCUUGUAAAUCACUUUUUAAAUUUUCUCUCACUGAUGCCCUUUGGACACUAGUGGAAAUUUCUGGAUAUCCUCUACGGAAAGAGAACCAUGAAAACAAUGCCUCACCAGCAGAAGAACAGAAUAUCAGGAUGCCUUAAAUUUAUAGUAGUAGACUGUAAAAGAUUCCUUUUGGGGUGAUAUCUGUAUAUAUAACUUGUGGUUUUUUUAGAAAAAAAAAAAAGAUGCUGUUUAAAAGCAUGAUUGGGAAAAUGUAUGUUUUUAAAGAGUAGAUUGAUUCACCCUACCCACAGGACGUUGACCAAACCACUGAUGCCAUUUUAUAUUUCAUCAAUUGCAUGAGUAUUUGCUAAUGUUGAUUGAACCUCCCUUUCCCCGUAAUGUGGGCAGAUUUGGCUCAGCUCCUUCAUGAGAUCAGGUCAGUGAUAUUGUUUUAUGUCAAGAGUAUUCUUUCUGUCAUUUCUACUUUUGCAUAAAGGAAAUAAAACAAUGUUAACAGCCA